GGAGUUGCAGGUCGGGAUGUGAGGUGGUCCUGCCUCGCAGCCUUCAGUCCCAAGUCUCCGGGUCCCCGCCCUCCAGCCACCUUUGAGUCGUGCCUGGGUCACGGUCCUCAUCCAUGCCUCAGAAUCGCGAAGAAAGGAAGCUCUCCAACAUGCUCCCCGUGGCUGAUGUGUUGAGUCAAGAUGAACUGCGCAAAAAACUAUACCAGACGUUUAAGGAUCGGGGUAUACUGGACACACUCAAGACGCAACUUCGAAACCAGCUAAUUCAUGAGCUGAUGCACCCUGUAUUGAGUGGAGAACUGCAACCUCGGUCCAUUUCAGUGGAAGGCAGCUCCCUCUUCAUAGGCGCCUCUAACUCUUUAGUGGCAGAUCACUUACAAAGAUGUGGCUAUGAAUAUUCACUUUCUGUUUUCUUUCCAGAAAGUGGUUUGGCAAAAGAAAAGGUAUUUACUAUGCAGGAUCUAUUACAACUCAUUAAAAUCAACCCUACUUCCAGUCUCUACAAAUCACUGGUUUCAGGAUCUGAUAAGGACAACCAAAAAGGUUUUCUUAUGCAUUUUUUAAAAGAACUGGCAGAGUAUCAUCAAGCUAAAGAGGGCUGUAAUAUGGAAACUCAGACAAGUUCGAUAUUUAGCAGAGAUUCUCUGGCUGAGAAGCUUCAGCUUAUUGAUGAUCAGUUUGCAGAUGCUUACCCUCAGCGUGUCAAGUUUGAGUCUUUAGAAAUAAAGCUAAAUGAAUACAAGAGAGAAAUAGAAGAGCAACUGCGGGCAGAAAUGUGUCAAAAGUUGAAGAUUUUUAAAGAUACCGAGAUAGCAAAAAUUAAAAUGGAAGCGAAAAAAAAGUAUGAGAAGGAAUUAGCCAUGUUCCAGAAUGAUUUUGAGAAAGCUUGUCAAGCAAAAUCUGAAGCUCUCAUUCUUCGGGAAAAGAGUACCCUCGAGAGAAUUCAGAAGCACCAAGAGAUUGAAACAAAAGAAAUUUAUGCUCAAAGGCAACUUUUACUAAAAGAUAUGGAUUUGCUAAGAGGAAGAGAAGCAGAGCUGAAGCAAAGAGUUGAAGCUUUUGAAUUGCACCAGAAGCUCCAGGAAGAAAAACAUAAAAGCGUGACUGAGGCACUUAGGAGACGGGAGCAGAAUAUAAAGAGUUUUGAAGAGACCUAUGAUCAAAAGCUGAAGAAUGAACUUCUAAAGUAUCAACUUGAACUGAAGGACAACUACAUCAUUAGAACUAAUCAACUGAUUGAAGUUGAAAGGAAGAAUAAAGAAAAAGCUGCUCAUUUGCAAGAGGAGCUCAUAGCUAUUAAUUCAAAAAAGGAGGAACUCAGUCAGUCUGUAAAUCGUAUGAAAGAACUUGAGCUUGAGUUAGAGUCUGUCAAAGCCCAGUUUUUGGCAAUAACAAAGCAAAACCAUAUGCUAAGUGAAAAGGUUAAAGAGAUGAGUGAUUAUUCACUACUAAAAGAAGAGAAACUGGAGCUUCUGGCACAAAAUAAAUUGCUUAAACAACAACUGGAAGAGAGUAGAAAUGAAAACUUGCGUCUCCUAAACCGCCUAGCUCAGCCAGCUCCUGAAUUUGCAGUCUUUCAGAAAGAACUGUGGAAAGCAGAAAAGGCUAUAGCAGUUGAGCAUGAGGAGUUCGAAAGCCGUAGGCAAGCUCUGCACAAACAGCUGCAAGAGGAAAUCAAGCAUUCUACACAGCUGAGGACCCAGAUACUAGGUUACAAAGUUUCCAUAAAGAGGUUAACUACUCAGGUUGCUGAUUUAAAAUUGCAAUUGAAGCAAACCCAGACAGCCCUAGAGAAUGAAGUCUACUGCAAUCCAAAGCAGUCUGUGAUCGAUCGUUCUGUCAGUGGAUUAAUAAAUGGCAACAUGGUGCCUUGCAUUGGUGAACUAAGUGGGGAUUUCUUGAACAAUCCUUUUAAACAGGAAAACGUUCUAGCAGGUAUGGUUGCAUCAGGGAUCACAAAUUAUCCAGAUGCAGGGGUGGAGGGUAGUUCCCCAGAUUCUGAGCUUGAGUUUGUAGCCAAUGCUAAGGCAAGGGUCAAAGAGCUUCAACAAGAGGCCGAAGGCUUGGAAAAGGCUUUCAGAAGUUACCAUCGGAGAGUCAUUAAAAACUCGGCCAAAAGCCCACUACCAGCAAAGAGCCUACCAUCUCUGCAUUUGCUGGAACCCUUCAGAAAUACUACUUUCAGUUCUGCGGAAAGACAUAUUUUUGCAGAGGACAGAGUUGUCUCUGAGCAGCCUCAAGUAGGCACAUUUAAAGAAGAAAGGAAUGACAUCUUGGAAGCACUGACAGGCAGUGCAGCCUCGAGGCUAUGCAGGGGCACUUCCUCCAGACGCCUCUCCUCCACACCUCUUCCAAGAGCAAAAAGAAGCCUUGAAAGUGAAAUGUAUCGGGAAGGUCUGGGCAGAUCACACGUUGCUUCCCCGAGUCCUUGUCCUGACAGAAUGACCCUGCCAUCACCCACUGAGUCUAGGCACAGCCUCUCCAUCGCUCCCUUCAGCCCUCCAGAGCAGAAAGCAGGUCUUUAUCAGAGACAAACUGAACUUCAAAACAAAAGCGAAUUUUCAGAUGUGGACAAGCUAGCUUUUAAAGAUAAUGAGGACUCUGAAUCAUCUUUUGAAUUGGAGACGGAGUUUCACCAUAUUGGCCAGGCUGGUCUGGAGCUCUUGACCUCAAGUGAUCCGCCUGCCUUGGCCUCCCAAAGAGCUGGAAUUACAGAUGCAGGGAACGUGCCAAGGCAGUUUGAAAUGGAUGGGCUCUCUCCUGCGGGGGAUAUGCCUCCUGUGGGCACUGAUGCAGCUGCUGAGCCCCUCUCAUAUCAGCACCCAAGUAUAGAUCAAAAACAAAUUGAUGAAAAGGAAGAAGAGAAAAUACGGGAACAGCAAGUGAAAGAACGAAGGCAGAGGGAAGAAAGAAGCCAGAGUAACCUACAAGAAAUUUUAGAAAGGGAACGAAGAGAACUGGAAAAACUGGAUCAGGAAAGGAGGAUGCCUGACAAAUCAGUGAAGAUUGAAAUGGAAAAUGAAUUAGAAAUGAGUAAUCAAGAAAUGAAAGACAAAUCUGCUCACAGUGAAAAUCCUCUAGAGAAAUACAUGAAAAUCAUCCAACAGGAGAAAGACCAGGAGUUGGCAGAUAAGAGCUCACAAAAGAUGGUCCAAGAAGGCUCCCCAGUGGACACGCUGCAAUCUAGUGACAAAGUCGAAAGUUUAACAGGCUUUUCUCCUGAAGAACCAGAUGACUCUUGGUAACUCUGUUUGCUGCCCAGCUUCUAACUUACAUACCAUGAGAAGUUACAUAACAUUUACUCCUUUGUAAAUGUUUAUCAUCAGACAAAACUCGCAAUAAAAAUGUGUGUAAUCCA